CCCCUCCGCGCCGCGAUCGACGAGGACGGCGGGAUGGCGAUCAGCCUGUUCGGCGACGCGCUGCGCAGCCUGGAGCAGGUGCGCCCGAGGAAGCCGAUCAAGCCGAUCCCCGGCGGUGAACUGCCGACGCCUUCUCCGCCGCUCCGGCCGUUCUCCGGGUCCGUAUGGGCCACGGGCCGCGAGCAGCUGGUGCCCGCCGCGAGCCACGAGGACACGCUCGAGUGGGCGCUGCGGCCGGCCCUGCUCGUCGGCCACGUCCUGGGCAUCUUCUCGUGCAGCAGCGGCCCGAAUCCGAGGCGAGUGAACCAACCCCCAACACCUGGUGCCUCGCGCGAACCAACAACCUAACAACCAUGUUUGCCUGGUAAACGCCACGGCAUAAGGUUUUAAGCAUACAACGCAAUCGGCGCAAUCUCUAUAAGGGGCUUGGCCCUCCAAAUAAUAUUAUGGGGUCCCACAAGUAUCUCGGGGUCGAUAGGAGCCACGUGAUAUUUCUACCUUGGGGUGCGAAUAUCAUGGGGUCACGUGGUUUCGCCUGGACUCCUGCAGUGACAUCCGCGCA